AUGCAUGCCGGGAGAAGCCGGGAGGACGCGCCGGCCCGCACCCGGCGCCCCGGGCGGAACGGUCCCGCAGCCCGGCCCGCGCCCAGAACUUGUUUCUGUGCCUGCGGCGCGGAGGCCCACGGGGCCGCGUCCGAGGGCGACACGGGCCCUCGAUUCGAAGGUGCACACUUUCCAGAAGCCGCCCGGGCGCUGGGGACUCACUGUCAUGUCCGAGGAAUAAAGUGCGGUGGUCAGACCCCGGCUGCCUUCUUUCCGGCCGAGGCGCCUGCGUGUGGGCGGGACGGGAGCCCAGGCACCCGCGGCGGCGAACUUUGUGCGGAAGGUUUUCUAAGUCCCGGUAAGUUCCUGUUGUUAAUAUUUAACAAAUAUUUUCCUACCGAGCAGGUGAGUGGCCGCGGGGGCUGGCGCUGA